GUUACUUCUCCGCUUCGCUUUUUUUUCGAUUUGCUUGGUUUGGCUUUCUGUUGGACUGGCUUUGUGCUAAGUGGUGAGUUGCUUGGCUGCUGUGAGAUAAGUUUGAGUUUGGGCCUUGCAGCGAGCAGAACGUGUUGUGGGUUUUGAGUUAGACAUAUACCCUGCUAGCUCUGGGAACGGAGAAGAAACGUCGCAUAAUUCAAGCGUACCGCUGGUUGCUUCCUUGAUUCUCAUUCCGGCAUUGGAAAUGGGAUCCCCCAUGUACACCCUCUACGUGGGGACGUUCAUCCAACUCCCCCGCACCACCGCUCCGGACGAGAAACAUGAGCUCGCCAUCACCCGCGGCGCCCUCUGGGUGUCCGCCGCCGACGGCAAGAUCAAGGGCUUCGACUGGAGCAUCGCCACCGAGUCCGACCUGCACACCCUGCUCAAGCGCCACGGAUGGGUGCUCGAGGGCGCAGGCACCCGCACCAGCGUGCGCGUCAAGCUUGUCCGAGCACGCGAAGAGCACAACGAGUUCUUCUUCCCCGGCUUUAUCGACACCCACAUCCACGCCCCGCAAUACCCGAACACGGGGCUCUUCGGCAGCGCGACCCUCCUCGACUGGCUGCAAACCUACACCUUCCCGAUGGAAGCCUCCUUCGCCAGCCCGGCCUCCCUGCCGAGCCUGCCUCCGCCCACCGCCUACCGCGCCUACUCGCAGGUCAUCGCGCGGACGCUGAGCCACGGCACGACGACGGCCUCCUACUACGCGACCAUCCACGUGCCGGCCACGAACCUGCUCGCGAGCCUCGCGCACCAGCGCGGCCAACGGGCCCUGAUCGGCCGCGUCUGCAUGGACAACCCGGCCACGUGCCCGACCACCCUGAUCGACGAGUCCCCCGAGGACAGCAUCCAGAACACCGAGGCCGUCAUCGCGCACAUCCACUCCCUCGCCCCAGCCAGCUCAAAAGAAACCCUCGUCAAACCCAUCCUCACCCCGCGCUUCGCCCCCUCCUGCACCCCGGCCGCUCUAUCGGGUCUCGCCGCCCUCGCCAAGCAGUACAAACCUUCGCUGCACAUCCAAACGCACAUCGCCGAGAACGUCAACGAGAUCGCGCUGGUGCGCCAGCAGUUCCCGGACUGUAAGGACUAUGCCUCCGUCUACGAUACCGCGGGGCUACUCACGCCCCGGACCAUCCUGGCGCACGCAGUGCACUUCUCCGCGGCGGAGCGGUCCCUCGUGGCAUCCCGCGGCGCGAAGGUCAGCCACUGUCCCGCGAGCAACUCGGCACUGGGGUCGGGGAUCUGUCCGGUGCGGUGGCUGCGAAGGGGCGGGGUGGUCGUGGGGCUGGGCAGCGACGUGAGCGGCGGGUAUAGCGUGGGGCUGCUGGAGGGGGUGCGGCAGGCGUGCUUGGUCUCCCGAUUAGUGGGCUUCUUGCAUCCGGUCGACGAGGAGAAGGGCGCGGACGGGGUGGUCUCCGUCGAGGAGGCGCUGUACCUCGCGACGCGCGGCGGCGCGGCGGUCGUCGACCUGCCGGACCUGAUCGGCGGGUUCGAGCUGGGGAUGGCGUGGGAUGCGCAGCUGAUUCGUCUGGGCCGGUUUACGCCGGCGGGGCUGUGGGGGAGCGCCGGGGCGGAGGGGAAUGUGGACGUGUUUGGGACGGAGAGCUGGACGGAGAAGGUGCAUAAGUGGGUGUGGUCGGGGGAUGAUCGCAAUGUGAGGGCGGUUUGGGUGCAGGGCCGCUUGGUGCAUGGGGCGGACGGUGGUGAUGUGAAGGGGCGGUGGGGUCGGUGGACGUGGGUGUGGGGGCUGGUUGGCGUGGGCGCGGCUUGGGUGGUUGUGAGGAGGGUGCAUGGGUGA